GAAAAACAUGGAUGUCUAAACAUUAUCUUAUCCUAUGUAGAUUUUCUUACAACUUAUUCACCACUCAUUCUCGUUACUCCUCAGCAACCAUAAUUUCAUUUUUUUUUCUCACAAUCGACCUUAGAAAAAUCUGCAAAGAAUAAAACAAGAGGAGGAAAUACAACCAAGUUGUGGAUAUAUACACGCACAAGGAGUUUGUGCACACCGUUGUUGCAGCCAUGGCUACCCAUGCGGCUCUAGCUUCUACAAGGAUCCCCACGAACACAAGGUUUCAAUCCAAGGCUUCCCACUGUUUCCCAACCCAAUGUGCCUCAAAGAGACUAGAGGUGACGGAAUUUUCUGGACUAAGAUCCACUUCGUGCGUGACCUAUGCCAAUAAUGCUAGAGAUUCUUCCUUUUUUGAUGUUGUAGCUGCCCAACUCACUUCCAAGAACAUUGGAUCAACUCCUGUGAGGGGAGAAACAGUGGCUAAGUUGAAGGUAGCAAUCAAUGGUUUUGGACGCAUUGGUAGAAAUUUCCUGCGCUGCUGGCACGGUCGAAAAGACUCACCCCUUGAAGUCAUUGUUGUCAAUGACAGUGGUGGUGUCAAAAAUGCUUCGCACUUGCUGAAAUAUGAUUCUAUGCUUGGAACCUUUAAAGCAGAUGUGAAAGUACUGAAUGAUGAGACCAUUACCGUUGAUGGUAAACCCAUCAAGGUUGUCUCAAACAGGGAUCCUCUUAAGCUUCCUUGGGCUGAGCUUGGAAUUGACAUUGUUAUUGAGGGAACAGGAGUUUUUGUGGAUGGUCCUGGCGCUGGCAAACACAUUCAAGCAGGUGCCAAGAAAGUUAUCAUAACUGCUCCUGCAAAGGGUGCUGAUAUUCCAACUUAUGUUUUGGGAGUAAAUGAACAGGACUACACUCAUGAGAUCGCUAACAUUAUAAGCAACGCUUCUUGCACCACAAACUGUCUUGCUCCCUUUGUGAAGAUCCUGGAUGAAGAGUUUGGGAUUGUAAAGGGAACCAUGACAACUACACAUUCCUACACAGGAGACCAGAGGCUUUUGGAUGCUUCACAUAGGGACUUGAGAAGAGCCAGGGCUGCAGCACUGAACAUUGUCCCAACCAGCACUGGAGCAGCCAAGGCUGUGUCCCUAGUACUUCCAAAGUUGAAGGGCAAGCUCAAUGGCAUUGCACUUCGUGUACCUACACCCAAUGUUUCAGUGGUAGACCUUGUGGUGAAUGUUGAGAAGAAGGGUAUUACAGCUGAAGAUGUGAAUGCAGCAUUCAGAAAAGCAGCUGAAGGGCCUCUGAAAGGUGUAUUGGACGUGUGUGAUGUUCCCCUUGUGUCUGUGGACUUCCGUUGCACUGAUGUUUCUUCUACCAUUGACUCCUCCUUGACAAUGGUCAUGGGAGAUGAUAUGGUCAAGGUGGUUGCUUGGUAUGACAAUGAAUGGGGUUACAGCCAAAGAGUGGUGGAUUUGGCACAUUUGGUAGCAAGCAAGUGGCCAGGGACACCUGCAGCAGGGAGUGGAGACCCAUUGGAGGAUUUCUGCCAGACAAAUCCAGCUGAUGAGGAAUGCAAAGUUUAUGAAUAGAGGAGGAGCCUUUUGUGAUUUUAUUACCAUUACAAGCAAGCCAUUUUUACUAUUUGCCUUGUGUUAAGGUAUGAUGUGAAAAAAGAAGAAAUUGUUCAGACAUACAGUGGUGUUGUGAUGUCUGAGGGAGGAUUUUUCAAAUUUAAAUUUGUCUGUAGCCAAUAAUGAGUUUUGGCGGGACAGAAAUUCAUAUAUAUCACGAUAUAUU